AUGAUGAAGAAACGAACCAACAAGACUCUACCUCCUCUAUUAAAGACACAGAACCUGUGACCUCCCAAACAGAUAAAAUCCUAGAAAAUAGCACCUCUAAUAUAGAGGAUCUGAAUUCAGAAAACCUUACUGUAGAAAAAGAAAAUACAGAUACCUUAUCAGUUAGAACUCUUGAUAAUAGCAACAAAGAGAAUAUCACAACUAAGAGUAUACAAGCAGAAACUGCUAUAGAAAUUGAAGAUUCUAACCUACUAAGAACUCUAAUUCAAAGAAAAAACAAAAAAGAUAUUUCAGAACAAAAAGAAGAAUUAACUAGAGUUGCUCCUUAUAGGAAAACCCGUAAUGGA